UUUAUCUUGCGAAGGGCGCGUUACAGCAAGUCGACCACUGACAGUGUCACAAUUGCUUUGGUGCAACCAGACACGUGGGAAACUAGUAAUAGUUUUGAUCAUGUAAGUGGAUAUGAACUAACAAGGAUUCAGAAUGAAACUAACAUGUUGCAGAGAGACCUAUUGGUGACUGACUAUGGGCCUGGAGCUGCUCAGAAAUUGAGAGACAAUCACCUUUAAUGUCGUAUUGGUUGCCUCGUGUUUACAACUGCGUUUGUUUAAAAUGAGGACUUGAUGAUUAAAUCAAUCAGGAAAAAAAGCCGCUAGCAAGUUUCUGGUCACAAAUAUCAUUCCAUUCCUUUGAAAUCAAAGAGACUAAAAUGAGAGUCAGCUCAUGGGAAGGAGCAUGUCCAUCAUCAUUAUUUAAAAUUGAAUCAUUCUAGCCUUCAUUAACUCACACUAAGAGGAAAAAAUUGUUUAGCUUUUCAAGUAGACAUGACUGACAAUGCGAGCGCCAGAGUUGACACCCCGACCAAUAUUUCUCUGAGUCCCAGCAAUGCCGUUUCCCAGUCCCUGGAGUACAAGACUGUGUCUGUCUUCUUGGUCCUGCUUGUGUGUGGUGUUGGCAUCGUGGGAAAUAUAAUGGUGGUCCUCGUUGUCCUAACCACCCGACACAUGAGGACACCAACAAAUUGUUACUUGGUGAGCCUGGCAAUAGCUGACCUAACAGUACUAGUUGCGGCGGGACUUCCGAACAUCUCAGACAGUCUCACGGGAACCUGGGUGUUUGGCCACGCUGGCUGCUUGGGAAUCACCUACCUGCAGUACUUGGGCAUCAAUGUCUCAUCAUGCUCCAUCACCGCCUUCACUGUAGAAAGGUACAUUGCGAUAUGCCAUCCAAUGAAGGCUCAGACUGUGUGCACAGUGUCCAGGGCCAAGAGGAUAAUUGCAGGGGUUUGGAUCUUCACCUGUAUUUACUGCGUAUUAUGGUUUUUCCUUGUGGAUAUUCAGGUGAGCCUGGAUGGACAUGUACAGUGUGGGUACAGGGUGAAGCGGGAGCUCUACCUUCCCAUCUACCUCAUCGACUUUGCUAUUUUUUACGUUGUCCCGUUACUUCUCGCUGUUGUGCUCUACGGACUGAUAGCAAGGAUUCUCUACCUCGGACCGCUGCCAAACCAACCAGAAACCAGAGCCACAACAUUGCGCCAAAGUUGUCGGGAGGUCACAGAAAUGGGGAAGGGGGGUCGUCCCCGCCGUCUGAGUGCACUCUCCUCCAGGAAGCAGGUGACCAAAAUGUUAGCCGUCGUGGUGAUCUUGUUUGCUCUGCUGUGGAUGCCCUAUCGAACAUUGGUUUUGAUCAACUCUUUUGUGUCCACACCCUAUUUGGAUGCCUGGUUUCUAUUAUUUUGUCGGACGUGCAUUUAUUCCAACAGUGCAAUCAACCCUGUGAUAUACAAUGCCAUGUCUCAGAAGUUCCGCUCAGCAUUUCGUGGGCUGUACCACUGCAAGCCGCAAGGGGGAACGCAGAGAUUAUCAGCCAUUCCUACCGUUCGCGACCCACGUACAUCCUUGUCCAAUAUUAGUGCACAAAAUGAAAGAGCAAAAAGAGAUAUUGUUAAUUCCACUCCCGAUGUAAUCAACACAAAACAUAAUGGAAACGGUCAUCAAGAGACAAAGUUGAUAAAUGGCAACAAAGCAGACAACUUUAUCAGAUCGGCAUCUUAUUGUUUAGAUGUCAGUUCCAUUGACACAUCCCUCAUGAGUGAUGUGAAGCGGUCUCCAUCAACUGAUGACACAACUCAUUUUCUUGACACACAGACAACAAAAGCUCAACCGGAUGCUACAUCGGUAGACGGACGGACGGACAGAUAGAUAGCUGGAUUGAUAGAUAGAUAACUGGAUUGAUAGAUAGAUAGAUAGAUAGAUAGAUAGAUAGAUAGAUAGAUAGAUAGAUAGAUAGAUAGAUAGAUAGAUAGAUAGAUAGAUAGAUAGAUAGAUAGAUAGAUAGAUAGCUGGAUUGAUAGAUAGAUAGAUAGAUAGAUAGCUGGAUUGAUAGAUAGAUAGAUAGAUAGAUAGAUAGAUAGAUAGAUAGAUAGAUAGAUAGAUAGAUAGAUAGAUCGGUCUUUCCUAAAGGGAAAGGUUUAAAAGUAUAAGGGAGGCUUUAUAAAGCCUUUUUUUUAAUAUAUAUUCUGUUGUACUCCACGUAACGCCUGUUCUAUAUUGAGCUUCACAGCAAGCUAAACUCCUUGCAACAUCUUCUCCAAGGAAGAGACGUGUGUUGUAGUUGGCAGGGUUUUACUACAAAAAGAUGUGAAACUGCAAUAUAAAUAAAAAUGCAAGCAAGAGCAAACAAAUGAGGCAAUAGCAAGCACUGAGGCAGAUGAAGUUUGCAUCGUCCAACAUUCAACGCAUGAAACAAAAAUCGCUACGUUUUUAGCAAUGUAACGAUCAAUCAAAUAUAGUAAAUAAUACCAUUAUAGAUGUUGAACUUACUCUUAUUGCCACUCAGAGGGUUAUAACAAACGGAUGUCUUCUGAGCAACAAAUGAACAAGGCAACUUCCUGGUACGUCACUCCCUGUUGUAAUUCCAAGCCUUGUGUUACUUUUUGGUUUUGUAUUUGUAAGCUUUAGUGCUGUGACUCUUCGAGUGUUAUGUGAUCGACGUCAAAAAUAAAAUAUAUGUUUUUGUUUUUACCUAUAAAGAAUGCAUGAUUAUACUGUUUGACUAUCAAGCAAAUAUGAAUGCUGAUGCUGUGAACUAAUCAGCUACAAAACUAGACAUCAUUUCAAAAAAUACAGUCUACUCAUGCAGGUGUUACCUUCACAAUUAUUGAUUUAUCUAAAGUGUUUCAAAUGCCUUGGCAAACGAUUGAACAAACGUGCAGUUUUUGAGGUCUCGUGCAAAGGGACAUUUUUAGAGGUACAAGGAUUUGCCCCGAUGCCAGCAAUUUGUACCUUGUCUACCUUGAAGGGAAAUGUCAUAGAGGUGGUACCUGUGUACAAAAUAUGUUGGAGUUUUGCUUGAUGACUCUCUCACCUUUAGGACCCAUAUUGACAAUCUUGUUAAAAAAAAACUGAAACUGGGCUUUUUUCUUUCAAAAUUAACAGUGUUUCUCAUUUGAGGCAAAAAAAAAAGCCACUUGUUACUGCAACGUUUUUAUCUGUUUAAGAUUAUGGAUAUGUGUUGUUCAAGAAUGUCAAUGUCUUAACUGUUUAUCAUGUUUGGUAGCACUUGAGAUUACUUGAUCAAAUUGCAACUGCUUUUUAUAAUGUUUAUGUACAAUUUAGUAAGAUGUGUAAAUGCCUCUUGGCCAGGACUCCCUUGUAAAAGAGGUUUUUAAGCUCAAUGGGACUUUCCUGGUUAAAUAAAAAUUAAAUUGAUCAUUAUGUUCAGUUGAUAAUUAUGGCUGCCUUCUGAAAUUGGCCUCUUAAUGUAUGUCUUUCUGAGUCAGUCACUGAAAGUUACGACUGAGACCCGGACUGUAUUUCGACCAGCUCCUUCCUUCGUCUGGCGAUUUGUUUUGAAGGAAAAAAUGUAAAGUAGACUUUAAGAUAUUUUAUGAAGAGAAGUGCACAAUAUGUGUAACAAAUUGUUGCACCUAAUUACUUGUUGUGUGUGAUGUAUUGCCUUGCUUUAUUGACAUCAUUUAAAAGUUUUAAAACUUCAUUAUGUGUGUUUAUUCGGCCCUGGAAAGCUGCUUUUGUUAUAUGGUACAUGGUAUCACUGUUGUAAUUGAAUACCGAUGGCGUUGGGCUGGAACUUCCCAUGUCACAGUUGGAUAAAUUUCCCAUUUUUUUCCCACAAAUCUAUACCCUUGGUGUAUUGGUCUACCUGUCUGUGUUUAUUAUUAUCAUCAUCAUUAUUAUUAUUAUUAUUAUUGGAGUUGGAUGAAAAGUGAAAAGUCCACCCAAUGCCAGCAAUUUAUUUAAAUGUUUUGGGUUUUAUCUUUUGUCCAUUUGUAAAAUAUUUUCCCAAUAUUGUACUUAUUGUUCUGCUCUCUUCUUACUGUGUAAUUUGUGCAUGAAUUAUUUUCACUUAAUAAGUGAAUAAGUAAUAAGUGAAUAAGUAAUAAGUGUGCAUAAAUUAUUUUCACUUAAUCAAUGGGAAUAAAUAGUUCUGUUUGCACAGCA